AUGCCGCGGAGUAGAAGUCGUAGCCGCUCUCCCCGUGGCAGAGGUAAGUCUCGAAAACAUCAAGUAUUUUUUUUUGUUUCUCAACUGAGAAGAGGAAUUAUUUGUAAUCGUAAUUGAAAGAAAUAAAGCUCUCUUCAGCGUUAUGCUUUCAUAUCCUACUUUGACAGUUUUUACAGAACGUAGACGUAGUCGAUCACGUUCAAAAGAACGAAGAAAAGAUGGUAAGUACCCAAAUUGGAUAGUUCUGCUUAAGAUCUGCUCUUUGGACACUCGAGCUAAGUUCUUUUCUCAGAAAGUUAGAAAUGUGAUCGUCAUUUUGAAAUUCAAAAAGGAAAUGGGUCCUUAAAUAAGGGUUAAAAAAUGUAAAACGUGUUCACCCUUAAACCCCUAAGAGUUAGACCAGAAUCUAAUUUCUCCUUACAAUUUUACUGCUGAAUCAAUCAUUAAGAUCACAAGGAUAAAGGAAAAUGAUCACCAAUCUAAGAAGCAUCAUUGUUAAAAGAAUUCUCCUUGUCAGUACCAAAGGAAAUGUAUAGAGAAGAGUAUGGAGAAUAUGGAUGUUGAUGUUCAAGUGUAAAGGGUGAAAGUAUAAGAAUGAUUUUGGACACAAGAAAUCUUGGUUAAUCUUCCUUAUGUGAAGUAUUUCUAGAAAUGAGGAAUUGAAAUUGUUUUUGAUGUUUUUUUUCAAGAAAUUUAAAACAAGAAACAAGGGCCCUUAACACCAGAAUUGAAAUAAGACAUUUGUUCCUUGAAUGGCUAAAUCUAAUGUUAAAGUGAGAUUUUAAAAUUUCAUCUUGUGGAUCAACACUAUUUAAAUUUACCUUGCUUACAUAUGGCCAUUUCAUUAGUAGAUCGCAGACGAAGCAGAUCCAGGUCACCAAAGCGACGAAGACAUCGUUCUUUUUCAAGGUGCAAUGACAGAUGCAUAAUUUUAGUUUGUCAGCAUGACAAAAGCCUUGGAUAUUCAGAUUUUCAUUUCCUGUGUUGCAUUAAACUGUUAUCAUAUACCACCAUGAAAAAUAUCUUAAUCAAAGAUAAACAUUAAACACAAUGUGUGUUGUUAAUUAAAUGCAAUAUUAGGAGUAGGCUUCUGUAAGUUAAUACCCUUGCUGUCACUCACCACUGGUCAUUUUCUAUGAGAAGUUGAACUGAACAUUGUAGGCUCUUAAUUUUAGGUCAUAGAUUGUUUUCACUUUGGAGUCUAAUUAAUUUUCAAAUGCAUGUGUUAACCCUAAAUACUUUAUAUUUUAUGGUUUCUGAACCAGUAGAACAUCACAAUGAGAAUCCCAUAUCAUUUUGAAAGGCUUAUAAAAUUAUCUUGCUUCUUGGAGGUUAAGACAGUUAGACAAUUUCAGGCAAUGGAGAUAAAUCAUAUGGUUGGAUUUGCAAGCAGGCAUGAUAAAGGGAAUCUUAUGUUUUAAUUGGCUCACAGAGUGCCCACCUAAUUAUCAACAUUAAUCCUGUUACCUACAUAUAGCUUAAUCACAUACUUCAAAACUUUUGACCAACUUUUUUUUAUCAUGUGAAGAAAUGUUUUGGGCAGUUUGGGUAACAAAAGAGUCUUAAACACAUCUAUGUAUAUCCAAAUCAAAGAAAGCUCUAAUGUGUUUGAUAUUAUUUUUAUAAUUGGCAAUUAUUUGGUGAAAUAUUUUAAGCAAGGUUGUCAAAAAGAUUUGAAGUAGAAGGAGAAUGUAAGAAAGUAGGCAGCACUGGGGGCCAGAGGCCUCCCAUGCUAGGUGGGGGGUCUGGGAGCUGCCAAGGCCCCCAGCAGGGUACAGGGGAAGUGGCGCCUGAAGCAAAACGAAUGUAGGGUUUUUCCACCAGCUGAAAUUGCCUCUCCUUGAAGCAAUUUUUAUAUGUUUGCACUAUUCUAACUGGCAACAGUUAACAUUCCUUUUACCACUCUAAGAAGAUUUAAUCAUUUUUAUUAGUGAGUUCAAAAAAAGAAUUUAGUAGUCAUGUGUCAGUCAGUCAGUCAGUUUAGUAGUCACAUGUGACACACGGCACAAAUUUUUUUGUGAAAGAAAAAAAAUUUGGAGUACCAGUGCUUUCCUGCAAAGUGUACAGUUAGUGUAGAAUUGAAAGAGACUACUGGUUUCAAACAGGAUUCCAUCUUCUUUCGAUUUUUCCUAUGACUCAAAAAUACUGUUGCUAUCUUGCCAUUGGUACAACUUGAAAUCUUUAUCGUAUUUUGACCAUGAGAAAUUAUUUGACGUGAUGUUGCUUAUCAAAACGACGGUGAAUUUCAGAAUUGUAUUAAAGUGCAAAUGACUCAGAAAGUGCUAGUUUAAGAUUAUUUCCCAUUUAGUUUUUAAGCGAGAUACCAAAUUAGUAUCAAGCAUCAGUGAGUUCACAGAAAACUACAGGCAAUCAUUUUGCAUCUAGUUGUGUUGGCGGGUAUCGGAUUACAUCUCGUGAAAAUCACUGAGAAGCGUUCUGAAAUACAAAACACUACAGUAUUUCCGAUUCUUGUUUUGUUGCAUUUUCUUUUCUUUAUCAUUACUCCACAAUAUGAGGCACUUCAUUCUUGGUUUCAGUAGAUUCAAAACCUUGCUUUUUUCCUUAUGUUUUCUUUCUCCUUUUUUUUUUUUUAACUGACAAACUGUAGCCGGCACAAAUGAAAAAGUAGCCGGCGCUUUUUGACAACCUUGUUAAGCAUGUUAAAAAAAUCUUUUAUUGACCAAGCUUUAGGAAUAAAUGUUUAUCAAUAAGGGCCUCAUUCCCUCUCUCUUUUUUUGCAUCUGAAUGGAUGUAGGCUAAUAGUAUCAUGGUUUUUAGAGACAAGGACACACCAUUUUAAAUGUUAAGAUCCAUAUUAACCUAAAAAGCUUACUCGUAGUGCACAUAAAAGUUUUCAGUCAUGGUCAUCUCUGAGGGGUAUUUAAUAGGAGUUUUUUAACACAGUGUAUUCAAAAGAAAAAAUUGUGAUUUGGAAAUGAGGUAGUCACUUGUAAAAAGUGGUAAAGAAGAGAGGUUUGAAUGUAUGUUUUCUCCAAAUUAAAUCUUCUUCCUCUUUUGUUUUAGAUCCCCUUCCCCAAGAAGACACAGAAGGUAAAUACAUUUUAAUUUGUAGUUGAAUACGACUUUACACUGGCAGAACUACAUAUAGAAUCUCUUUCUGUGUAAAUCUUUCCCUUUUUGUCUUUAAUGGAGGGAAACUGGAGAUUCUAAGUAAAACUUAUCACAGCACAGAUAAAAAUGAAGAUGGUGCUUAACCUAGAAAUGACUAAGUUGAACCCCAACCAUGUAAGAGAGAGGCAGACAGUCUUGCAAAUCCAUCAUCUCUCAUACUGCCUUCAUUGUGAGUUUAAUAUCUUCAAAUGCUGUCCUUACAUGUACCAUGAGGUAUUAAGUCAUAUGGCACCAGGUCCUAUGCUGGUUGUUUUUUACCUAAAAACUACAAAACUAUUAGAUAAGUGGAGGAUAAAAUUAUGCCAACUUGCUACCUGGAAGAGUGGAAAUGAAAAGACUGGCAAACAAACGAUAUGAAUUCACAUUUUUGGAUCAAACCUUUGUAACUAGUUGCAUUCUUCAGGUUGCCAAUUAAGUUAGGUUAUCUUGAACUGAGUGCCUUACACCUUUUUUCAUUCUCAGAUAUUUUUUGCCAGAUAUGGGACAUAAAAGAAGGAAUUGUACUUUAAAAAAGUUCCUUUCCUGAAUUAAUUUUCUCUAAAUUUAACCUUAUUGUUGCAACUGGCAGUUUACUUUUAAGCCAGCUAUUCAUAUUUAACACUGAAGUAUCUCUUGAUUCUUCUAGCCACUUGAGUGGCUUACAACAAGUGUUUAAAGCCAUGAAUAUCACCUACGCCAUGGUUUUUCAAUGUGUUGAUAAUGCUGUCCAUCAGAUAUCCACUUGGUAUGUUUUGAAGAACAGACAAAGUAUCUGCUGUUAUGUAAAGUUUUUUCACAAAUUAUCCACAAGUUGAGUCAACACAGAAUCGGUCAUUAGGGAGGGGAGAGGGGGUGUGGGUUGCCCAGUACUCCUCUUUGACCUACAAUAGUUUUUGGUAAAGUCAAUAUCAUGUUAAAAUGUUUAUUUCAGGUUUGAGGACAUGGGCAAAUCAGGUUAAUCUAGAUGGCUUUAAUCUUUUUCAGUGCUAGAUACAGCGGUAAAUUGAAGACCAGUCUUUUUUGUAGCAUGACAGCAACCCCUUUGUGAAUAAUUUUAGGUUUACCAAUGGAAAUCAUGGCUUUAUGAUGGUUCACAUGCUGGACACAGGUUUCAGAGAUUCACAUUCAAGCUCUGACUGUGUGAUUUGUGACUGUGUGAUUUCUGACUGUGUGAUUUCUGACUGUGUGAUUUACUUUAAAUUCUGCCAUUUAGGAGUAGAAAUGGAAACCAGGAAACUAUCUGGGAAACUUAAAAAAUUCUACAUGGGUUCCAUGUGAUGGUCUAAUACUCUAUCCAUUUUCUGCAAUGGGAACAAGGAUACUAUACUUCUUGCUUCUGAAACCAGGCUGAGCUCUUGAUCAGCAGUUAUGCAAGACUAAAUCCCACCACUGUUACAAAUUUCAUGUACCAAGUAAUAAAAAAAAAUUACUCAUAAACUGGCUUGCAAUAUUAGUUGAUUACUAAUUCUUUGUUACCCUAUUUGCAGAUCACAGUCUCCAAGGAGAAGGAGGUCCAGGUGAGGCAAAAUAUAAGACCAUGCCAAUAGUCAUAUGCUAAAGAAAGGGCCUUGAAAAGUUAGGAAUGAAGGCAACCCUUGGCCAUAGGGAGACAAAACUGAAGAUAUUUUACACUGAUUUUGAUUUAUGUCAACUUCAUAUUUGAGUAUAUUGAUUGUAUUUUCAUUUUAUCAUGCUGGGGGAACGACUUCAAAUCCAGUUUUUUGACUAUAUGACAACAACUUUUGCCCCUGAGAUGAAGAUUUCCAGGAAAAUUUCUUUAAAUAUUGGGACUCAUUCAUACUUUUUCAGUUUACAAAUUGUGGUUUUAUGAUUCUAUUAGAUCAUCAUCACCUAGGCGCUCCAAAAGAUCACGUUCAAGGUGAGUGUUUGACAAAUCUGUGUUCCUGGUGCUUUAAAAGCCCCUAUAUUAUAUUUUUUGUAUGAUUGUAUCAAAGUGAUAUUUACCUAUGUAAAGUGUAUUAAAUCGGAGAUGUACAAGCUUAACGGUUAACCCUUUACACCCUAACAUCGGUGUGCAUAUUCUCUAUACUGCUCUCUAUACAUUUCCUAAUGUGCUGGCAAGGAGAACUUGUUUAACAAUCAAGAGGUUCUUCAAUUAAUUAUCAUUUCCUUUAUUCUCAUGACAUUGAUGUUUGAUUCAUGGGUAAAAUUAAAAGGAGAAAUUAGAUGUUAGUCACUCAUAGGGAUUAAAGGGUUAACAUACUGGACUCAGGGUUGAGAGGUCUGCUUUGGAGACAUAGCGGGGUCAUUGUGUUGUGUUCCUGGGCAAGACACUACAGUUGAACCUUGAUUAUCCAGACCUCGAUUAUCCGGACUAUUUGGUUACCUGGACUUUUUUCUCUGAUCCCAAUUUUUUCAUGAAUAUUAAUUAGUUGUGAUCUUGAAAACUCAAAGUCACAAAAAGCCCAAUAAUCCUUUCAAAAGACUGUUGAAACAGCGUAUUAUCCUGUGCACUUUUCAAAAUUUGAAAGUGCAACAAGACAAAGAAAUGUUCUGUUGCGUUCAGCUGAUAUCUGAUUGGCUCAAUUGUUUUGUUGCCAAGGGAAUUUCAUGCUUGAUUAGUACCUUCGGCAUGGGUUAUGUAAAUACACAAGCAAUCAAUUGUAAACUCAAAUCAGAAACAUGUCUACGAAGUGAAAGGGAGCUGUUUUAUCAAUUAAAGAUAAGCAGAUAAUUAUUUCAUGUUUGGAUAAAGGAGAGAAAGGAACAAAUUUAGCUCAAGAAUUUGGCAUCAGUAAGCAGCAGAUCUCAGACAUACAGAAGAACAAAGACAAGAUCCUAAAAUUUACUGACCCCAUCAAGACAAGCUACAAGUCUUUGAAGCAAACAAACAUGUUUGAACAUUUUAUACCUGAACUGAAAGUUUUUAUUUAUAAAUACAUACAGACUGUGUAGAUUUCACAGUUAAAAUGAUGUUUCCUUUGCUGUACAUGUCUAUCUCAUUAAUAUUCAUAUUUUCGAUUAUCCGGACUCUCGAUUAUCCAGACUAUUUACCAAGGUCCCAAUGAGUCCAGAUAAUUGUUCGACUGUACUCUCAUGGUGUCCCUCUCCACCCAGGAGUAUAAAUGGGUAUUGGACAAGCAUCCCAUUUUGUGGGAGAAGCAAUGCUUAGAAUUGCUUCAUGCUACAGAAUCUAGGAUGAUUAAGCGCUGGCUGAAUGAGUUACUUGGCUCAAGUGCAGACUGUACUGUUAAUGAGUAUUCAAAUAAAAAUUAUGUUGAAACCCAUUAACUCACAGUGAGCGGAUUUUAACCUCCUGCUUUAAAAUAACAAAAGCCGAUUUUCUCCUUAUUGUUACCUCCUUAUCUAAUCUUUGUUUCCCCUGAUCUGAGAAUAGCUAAAGUAGUGAUUCUAAAUUGGAUAAUUAUUUCUGUUGUGGUCAGGUCUGCAGAGAAAAGGAAGACAGAUAAAAAUGAUACAUCAACAGAGGGUGACAAAAGAACAGAAGCCACAGUAGGUAUGGACAUACUUUUUGGUCAGUGAUGCGAAUGUCCCUUUGUAGGUGAUUUUUUUAAUUCUCUACCUGUCUGUUUUUUACAGAUUUUUUUUUCAAAUUAUGGUAAUUUUAUCACAGACUUAACACUCCUUGAAAUGGAAUUGUUACAGAGUUGUCAUUAGAACCCAGUAGAUUGCAGAAACUGCCAGCUGUCAGACCAAUUAUUGCACCAGCUACUUUGUAAAUUGUGAUUAGACAGAAAAUGAGUACUUUUGAACUGAUUCUAACACUAGUGUCUGGCUUAAAAAAAGUUACUCAAAUAUUGUCCAGGAUGCUAGACAUCACACUUUAGAGAGUUUCAAAUUUUACAUUUUUUUCAGACCCCCCUAGACAGGCAUUUUGCUUUGCAACAUGCCAUGCUUGCUACACAAACAUAAUUCAAUUAAGCCACCUACUCAGUACAGAUCAUGCAUCUAUAACAUUGUUUGAUGACAACCCUGUGUUAUUCAAUAAUAGUAUCAUUUAAUGUAACCAGGACAUUGCAUAAUCUGUCCUUCAGUUGGCAUUAAACAUCAGUGAUCCUUAACACUUGUCAUUAUGAUUAUUUCCCAUUUAUGAGUUAUGCAUCUCUUUCCUUCUCAGAUGUUGAAGAGAUUCCUAAUGAAGAUGAAGAGGCCAUGAUGAAAAUGAUGGGAUUCUCCAAUUUUGAUUCAACUAAGGUUGUUGUGAUCUUCAAUACACCAGUUGUUUUAACUUAGUACCUAAUAGGGUCAAACCUCGAUUAUCUUGACUUGUGGGGACUGGGCUUAAAAGUUUGGAUCAUGGAGAGUGCAGUUAGCUUGAAAAUAUGAAUAUAAUGUUCGUAGAUAAUGGGACCAGAGCAAGUCCAGAUAAUCAAGGUCCAGAUAAUUGAGGUCCGGAUAAUCUAGGUUUGACAGUAACUAGAGGCAUUUCUUCACAAGAAAGCAAACUAAAAGACUUAAACAAUGAUUGUGUGUUUCCUUCCAGGGUAAACAUGUGGCAGGAGCAUGUAAUUCAAGCUACUCCAGUGUAAAAAAAGCUAACAAAUACAGGUAACUGCAUACAAGUAUAAGUCUAAUGUCUUCUUAUUUUAAUAUUUUAACCCUUAACAACUGGCCCGUGUGUUGAACAUGUAAUUUCUCCUUGCACUAUCAGUACAUUAUCCUGGAAACAGGUAAUAAGAAUGCUGAAGUUCAUCAGAAAGAGGAUUUUACUCUUGAUAUAACAUGAUUCUGUUGCAAGUAGAAGAAAGAAUCAUGAGUCACAUUGAUUGGGCAACAAUAAAUCCUUUUCACCCUAACAUCAGUAUCCAUAUUCUUCAUACUUUUCUCUAUACAUUUCCUUUGGUAUUGACAUAGAGAUUUUUUUUUUUUUAAUCAAUAAAGGCUUCUGACGUUAGUGAUUAUUUCCUAUAUUAUCAUGAUCUCAAUGAAUGAUUUGAUAAAAGAGGAAAGAAGUAUAACUGUAAGGAGAAAAUACUACUACUGUAAGGAGAAUUUAUGUGUUGGUCACCCCAAGGGUUUCAAGAAUUAAUAUUUCCCUUGGUAGAAGAGAGGAUCAUUGCAAAACAAAUAUUUGGCUCCCAGGAGAAUGGAGCAGAUUUUUUUCUACGCAUUUUUCAGAAGGUUGACUAUAUCAUAUUCAUUUUUUGUUGCUUCUUCUUCAACAGACAAUACAUGAACAGAAGAGGAGGGUUCAACAGACCACUAGACUAUGUUAAUUAGUUCUUGUUUUUUUGUACAUCCAAGUCACUCAGGGCAAGCAAGUGGGUCUGUCAUGAGUUCCAUCCAUAUUUCUCUUUUGACCUGAUGCUGUAGUUAGGUUCUAACUAACAGAAAUCUAGGGCAUACUAUCCUCGAUCCUUUUUGUAUUUCGAAUAUGUUUCAUAUCACCUUUUCAAAAUAUUUUAACCCUCAAACUCUCUGGAGUUUCUUCCAAAUUUUCAAUGUAUUAUGGAAGAACAAGAUAGUGAAAAAGAAACAAACCUGUCAGCCAAACUGUACUAUGUUGUAUCUUGAUCUAACUUUCUUGAUUAAUUUAUAAAAGAGAAGUACUGCAUGUAGUCAAGUUUUUUGUAGUUGAAGGGUUAAUGUUCUACCCUUUUCAUUAGCUGUUUUUCAAAAUCCAUUUGUUUUUUGUUGUCUCUUGUUUCAAACUGUGGUACUCAUGACCACUUUUUCUUUAGUGACUAUAGCUUUAUGCCUCAUUUCCUUGUUAUAAAAUUUUCAAGGCCAGAGUUGUAUAUAACUGUAUGUUAUUUUAAAAAACAAAAAAUAAAGCAUUUCUGAAAACUCUGAUUCUUAAUCAUGUCUCUGGUGUUUCGGUCAAUUUUGAAUGAGGUAAGUAAGUGAAACAUUUGCUGUUGAACUCAGAAUACUGUAUAUUGUGAUUACCAUGUCAUGAGCAAUUACACUGGAAAUCAAGACAUGUCAGAGAACCACAAAACUGUAUUCUAGUUAUUGUUGCUGCCUUACAGUUUUGUUAUCUUGGGUCUGAUCAGCCCCUUUUCCAUACAGCAUCAAUCCAGAAAUAGUUCUAGUGUCUAAGGAUUUUCUGGUCUCCUUUGGGCUGUUCUAAACAGCAGAUAGUUUGCAAAGGUUAACAGUUAUUUCUUCCUGUGGUGUUCCUGCAGUGUCACCACACCUGAAAUUUUUCUUUUUUUAAUUUUCAAACUGUGAUGCAUGACAUUUCUUAAUUUACCUUUAGUUAUCAAUCGAAAUUAGUUAUUUUUCUCUCCAGAAUAAAUGAAGGUAGUGAUAAUAUGUCACUCUUUGCGGUCACUCUUUGUGGAGAGAAUGGCCACAUAAACUGGUAAUUAAUGUCUUAGGGGUGAAGGGUAAAAGAGUUGGAGUAAAAAUCCUUUUUACUAUUAUGAUCAAAAACGGCUAAAAAAUUAAUGUUGACAUGCUCUGAUGGAAGCUUUCAUCAAAAAUAAAGGGCUGGUCAUAUAAUUCACUUUCACCAUGACAAACUAAGUUUACUAAUGAUUUUAAUAAAAUUACUGAAAUACUUGAUACAAAUUUUUUUUGUAAAUAACAAAAAAAAUUAAUGAUUAGGAAAAGAGUGGCGCCAUGUGACAGAAAACUUGCUCUGAAUUGUGGUUGUAGGCAUGUGUCAAGGUCUGUUAAUAUAAGAUUCCAACUUAUAGAGUCUUUUCAGGCUAAUGUUUACCUAACAAAUCUAGUGUCCUUUUUUCAUUUUUGUUCCUUAUUUUUAUCAUAUUUAUACAAGGAAAUGGAAGAAAAUGUUCGGUGGUGAAAUGGAAGAAAACUGCGAUUUAGUUCCCAGUCUCCUGUCAUAUUACAUUGGUUAUCAAUCAAAUAUUCAUGAGUUUAGACAUAGGAGAAACUUCAAAAAUGGCGAUGGAAGCGGCUCCAACUUCCCCGCAACUGACAAACUAUGCUGCGCAGAAUACCGCGACAGUCACUCACACGGUCCCUGCAUCGCAUACAACUGUAAAUCUCAUUCAGCCUGAUCAGGGAAAAGGUCUCUAUAUCGUCGAUCCUUCCCAGCAACAUGCCUUACAAAUGUUCGGAAGUCCUGAUCAGAGAACGUUUAUGGCGAACCCCGUUGAAUUUAAUCCUACGGCCGGAACAAUAACCACAACCGCUGUUUCUAAUGGAAAUGGACAAAUAACCAUGGUAAGUACUGUUAAAUAGCUUCUCACAUUCAACAAGAGUUUUAGGCCAAUAGAAAUCACGUCGGAAAUGGCGAGGGAAAUCGUCGACUCGUGUUCGAUCCUUCUCCCAAAGACGUGGUACUGUUGUUGUGCGCCAUUUUGAGGGCUAGCGGCGUGAAUUCUUCGCAUGGACCACGAAUGAAACCCAUCACAUCACUAAUUUUUGUGAGCUUUAGAGUUUACCUGGUCUCUAUAAAUUGAACCUGUCGCUGAAAGUCGUGAAUUUAAAACCGUCCAAUCGAGAAAUAUCGCCCGAACUGCGCCCCUAUUGGUCUAAGCUCUGGCAAUGUGCAUGAGUGGACUUUUGUUUGUAUUGAAAUGAGUAAACGCGCAUCUGAAAAGGAACUUACAUCGAUGGAUUUUCACAUAAUGAUCAAAUGUAAGUGAUUUCGUUGUACUGAGGGAAAGAAAAUUUUCCCAGUAGACCGCUCUUCAUGAAAACUGCCCUCUUAUCUUUCGUGAAUCGUAGUUUUCGUGCCUUGAAUUUAAUAAACGGAACAGCUGUUUUUUGAAUGUGAGCAAUAUACAUGUGUAUUUUUGUUUUUAGGUAAUCCCAGUUUAUCGCUCUCUUAUCGCGUAACGAUGAUUAAAAUAUCGAGGAUUACUUUAAUAAGGUUUAAAAUACAUUUACAGUUUUCCGUACUGACCAUCGAUAGAAAGUUGUCUAAAAAGUUUUCGAAAAAUUGAACGAACACUGUGACUCUAUCUUAAUAUCAGUUUGUCACAAAGGACCAUCGGGAAACUUCUUUGUUAUUUUCGCCCUCCUAAGUCAGCUUCACUCUUUAGUAUUGCUGGUUAAACUUGCUUAUAAAAUUAAAUUUACACUUAAAAAUAUCAUAGAGGCAAUACUAUUAUUUAUAGUACAUUUAAGCACGGUGGAAUUGUGAAUAUAUAUAUAUAUAUAUAUAUAUCAUACUAGAAGUUUUGGUGUGUAGUAUCACUGUAUUUUUACAAGUUGUGCUGUAUUUUGCCAAGCCUGCAGGGUAAGUCAAAACACAAACAGCGAGUAAAAAAACUUGGCGAUACUACACAAUAAAACUUCUAGUAUGAUAUAUAAAUAUAAAUAUAUUUUUUAAGGGAAAUAUGUAUUUGCUGGAAGGGAGAAUUGACAGUCAGAUUGUGAGAGUGAAAGGGUGAAGAAACUAUGGAGCUGCAUUGGUGGGGUAUUACAAGUUUAUUUGGUUUGAUCAACAGACUUGAUGAUGUAAAUUGGCCACUGUAAAGAGUUUCAAAGCUGACGUAUUAUGCAUUAAAACUCUGAUGAAAAGCUCCAAACAUCAGCUUUAGAAACUAUUUACUGUGGCCAACUUACAUUAUCAUAUCAGUUGAUCAGACCAAACUAUCUAACUCUUUUGUAACUUAUUGCACUAAUUUUUUGCUGAAUGUACACUGCAGACCCAUGUCUGGUGAAAUUUGUUAUUGACUCCAACUAACUGGUUUAUUUUUUAAAUGGUUACUGAAAUAGUGAAUGGCAAAAAUUAAUAAUUUUUUUAGAGUAUGUGAUAAUGUUCUGAUGCAACUUUGUGCUGGCUAUGAAAUGAUCAGUCUGAAGAAAUGAAGCAGCUUGAAGAACCCUGGAAUGUACAGAUUAAGAUUUCCUUUGACAUGUUUCCAAACUUCUCUUUAUUUUGUUUGUAACAGAUGAAUGGCCAGGCUCUUGGAGCUCAGAGACUUCCAGUUGCCAUGGAAACUUUGGAUGAACCCCUUUAUGUAAAUGCAAAGCAGUACCAUAGAAUAAUAAAAAGACGGCAAGCAAGAGCAAAGCUUGAAGCUGAGGGAAAAAUACCCAAAACUCGAAAGGUUAGCUUGAUCUAGAUCUGUUGCUGAACUACUGUAAUGCCUUGACUCCCAAAAGUGGUUGACAUGUAACUCUUCUCUUUUAAAAUCUAUUCAUUAUCCAGCUGAAAGAUCAUGAUUGAGAAUAAUUAAACACCAAAUUCUUGGAACUAAUUUACAAGGAAAUGUGUAGCAGCUAAAGGGGAGAUUCAACAAUCAGAUUUUGGGAGUAUAAGGAUUAAAUGCAACUGACAUUUGGAGCAUCAGCUCUUUGUCAUUUGCUCUGACGAAGGGCUAACACUUGAAAUGUCAGCUUUGAAACUCUUUUUGGUGGCCAAUUUGUGUUAUCAUUUCAGUUGAUAAUACUAAAUUACUCUCCCACCAGCGCUGCACUACAGUUUCUUUAGAUAGUUUUUAGUGACUGUAAAAGUGUGCAUUAGAUGUUUUUUUUUUUCCUGACUUGAUCAAACCACUGCACUGCACAUAGCAUGUUUUAUUUUGCUGAAUUUAUUUUUAGUUGGUUCUUUCAUGUGAGCAAUUGAAAUAGCAAAUUGUAGUUAAUUUGAAAGAACUUCACACUUGUGUGUGAUGUUUUUAUGACCACAAAGUAACUGUAAACUAAUAAAGAAAAAAAAGUAGUGCAAUGUUGCUUAGCUUCAAAAGUUACUUGUAUUUGUUAGAAAUAUCUCCAUGAGUCAAGACACCAGCAUGCAUGCCGAAGACGUCGCAGCAAUGGUGGUAGAUUUAUAACAAAAACAAAUGAGGAUGGGACAAUCGUUCAAGAGGAGGACACCGGAGAAGGUCAGGUUUAUCAGGAAGGGAUGGUUCCAACACAGGAACACAGUGCCCAAGAACAUGCCUACAGCAAUGUUGUUCCUGCUCCUGAAUCAAACAGAGUGCAGAUGACCCCCCAAGGCCCUGAGCAAACAGAAUAAGGUGAUUAUUAACUUUAAACUUCUUACCUCUUAGAAUUGCAUCUGUUCAUCAAUUUUCCUUGAGUUUAAGGAAACUUAUUGCACAUUUCUCCUCUCAACAACAAAGAAUAAUGUUUCAAGAAGUUGGUGAGAACUCAUAUAGAGUGCAUGUGGUAUAUCUCAGUGGACCUCUCGUGCUUGUUUGUUUUUGUUUACCAAUUUAGGUCUCAAAGGAAUUCCAAGUGUUAUCUUUUGUAAAUUAUGCGUAUAUAUGCAUGCGAGUUAGAGGAAAUCUGAAAGAAACAUUUCUCUAGAGUAUUAUCAAAUGACCUGAAAAGGGUAAACAAAACAUUUCUUACCAUGCUGACAAGGAGAAUUUGUUUAAAAAUCACGAGCUUCUAUAGUUGGUGAUCAUUUCCUUUAUUCUCAUGAUCUUAAUGUGUGAUUCAGGGGUGAUACUGUAAGGAGAAAAUAAUGAGAUGCUAGUCACUUUGGGAGAUCAAAGGGGAAAGGCAGUGAGGUUCAUUUAAUUUAGUGCUUGAAAUUUUGUUUUGGCUAUUGAUUAAUGUAAAUUUACAUGUAAAUGCAUUGUACAUGCAUUGUGCUUGUUUAUAUGUAUUUGGUAAUGUGACAACCUUCCUACCAUUUUGACUUAACUGUGACUUUUCUGUUUACAGAUGCUGUUUUUUUCCACAGUACAGAGUACUAGAUGAUAGUUUUAUGGAUUGUUUUCAUUUGAUGUAUAGUUGAGUAUUGUGCAAGUGACCCAGAUUUUCAGAAUGUAAAUACCAGUACACUUGAGCUUGUAGCUAUCAGUUAUAUAAUGUAAUACUAAAAACAUCAAUAGGAAGCCACUGUGUACCACAGGAAAGCAUUGAACUUAAAAGUAUUGUUAAAAACUAUGAACUUAAGUCAGCUUUAAGGUAGACAAGAGUAGAUAUGGAUGUCCAUCAGUUUUUUUAUGAUAUGAAUAAACCUUAAAAGCUUUAACCCCUUGAGGUGAAUGACUUAUAACUUUUCUUUAUAGUAUCAUUAUGCUUAGUUAUCCUUGUGCAAAAGGCAUACUUUUCUGAAAGAAAACCAGCUUUUUAAAGAUCUUGUAGCCUCUCAUUUGAUUAGUGAAUGCAGGCUAAGUCAUGUUGUGACUUGUUUCAAGAAACAAUUUUAAAUUUCUUCAAUCUGUUUGUUAGAUGGAUCUGUUUAUUAGAUUUAUCUAUUGUCAGCUAGCAGAUGGAAACAAUCACUGGCCUGUUGCCCAGCACAUGCUAAGCUCACAGUUAGUUGUGAUAACUGAAAAAGUUGGUGAGCAAAGAUAUAUCAAGGGUGUGGAGAAAAGUGAGAAAAACUUGACAUGUAAGAAGUUUUUCAAAGGCACACAAUCUCCUGACUUAGCCUUUGAUUGGUGUAUUUACAUCAAGAACUUGUACUAUCAUCAUUCACUCUGCCUGAUUGGUGAGAGUUAGUCAAAUGGCAUGUAUUUUAGCACAACAACUGGCUUUCCUUUUGCAGAAGGGCAAGGUGAAAAAUAAAUUUCCAAAUCAGAUACAGGCUGUCUUUGCUUGCCCUCUUUUUAGGUUGACUGCAGUUACUAAGAUAAAGGGGGUAAGGUUUUUUAACCAUUUCAUUCCCACAAGUGACCAAGAGAUAAUUUCUCCUUACAAUAUCAAUACAAUAUCAAGCGGGCAGGUGAUGAGAAUAGAGAAGAAUAUCAAUCAUGGGAUUAUUAGUUGAUCCAAUACCAAAUUCUCUGAACUAAAAUCAUAAGAAUUGUAUGGCAGAUAGUAAGGAGAAUUACUAAUUAGGUCUUGGGAGUGAAAGGGCUAAAGAAACUAUGUUGCUGCUUUGGUGGGGGGAUUACAAGGUAGUUUUCUUUUACCAACAGAGUUGCUAAAGAAAUAAAUGUAAAUUGGCCAUUAUAGAGAGUUUGCUAAGCUGAUGUUUCAAGUGUUACUCCUUCUCUUUUUACUCUGACAAGAGGCAAAUACUUGAAAAAUCAGCUUUAGACACUCUCUACAAUGGCCAAUGUGCAUUAUCAACUCUGAUGAUAUAACAAAAUUAUUGCAGUUUCUAAGAGCCUGACAAAGGCUGUCUGUUGUGAAGUGGCAUCAUAGAUUUAAUUGUUUAACUAGUCCUGAUUCAGAAUAAAGGAUGGUUAAGAUGGAUAAUUCAAGUUGAUGGUAUACAAGUAAAUUGAUAUUUUAUGUAAGUAGCAUAUCACCCUAUUUAUUUUCCAGGAAGAAACCAUAUUGACUAUUUCAGUCAAAUCCAUCAAAAUUGGAGUGCAUGUUUAAUUCAAAGUCAGGCUGUUAACAACUAUACAUGACUAAAAAUAAAAUUGUCUCUCUUUGCUUUGUGCGGUUCAGUGAUAGUUUUGUACAGACUGUCUUCCUUGUUAUUUCAUGAGUGAAUGUUUUAAUCAGUACUUUGUUUUUCUUCACAGAUUGUUUAGUGUUUGUAUUAUAUUUUUGCCAAGUUUAUCAAAAACACCCCAGAUAAGAUUCGAGGGAUUAUUAUCCACUUCUUCAGAAACAGCAAAUCUUAAGAAUAUCCUUAAAUUAAAAAAUGCAUGAUUGGAUUUUGGCUUGUGUACUUCUUAGCAGGGGCUUUUAGUCUGACGAUUUGGGAGACAUCGGAAUUUAAAGUGUAGGCCUUGCAGAGAGGGAAGGAAAACUGAAAGAUGAGGGAAAUGAAGGAUUCAGUUCCUCUCCUGAAUAAUAUUUCAGUUCAUAACUCCAAUAUCACAUCAUCAAUGACCUAUUACGGCAGAACUUUGUAGCGUUUUUUCAUGCUGCCCGGUUGUCCAGUCUAACAAUUACUGAUUUAGAACCGAAUGGGGUCGAAUCAAGAUUGAACCACGCCCAUUCUCUUGCACUGGUUUUAACUAAGAGGGUCAUCAAAAACUUUCUGACCAGCAGUUACGUAUGCGGCAGCCUGGGAUCAAACCUAACACAGGGCACGGCAGAGAGAGUUCAACGACCGGAAUAUAACUCCUUGUCACUUAAAGUCUUAUUAAGCCCCAGAGAGCGGCCUUACUAUUAUACUUAGCAUACUCAUACUCAUACUUCUCACCACGUCUCGUUCUUAGAUUGGGAAGAAGAGGCAUUUUGGCAUUGGUACAUAUAAUGUAACAUAUAUAACGUACAUACCUAAAAAAAGAAACAUCCAAAAUGGUGCCUGCUUUGUCGUGCUUAUAACCAAAAGGAGUUCUUCGUUUAAUUGAAGAGUACAUCGUCGUCGAACCUAGUGUUGAUCAGUAUUGGAGAUGAGAAGUGAAACGAGGUAUGGAGGGUUUUCAACAGUUCUAGGUCUCGCGAAUUUUCCAACCAUUUAAAACAUAUGACAACCUUGUCCGGAAGCUAGGUGACAUGAUGUAGUUGUGUUACUAGCAGUGACCUUGAAGCUUAUUGUGACAUUUACUGUAAAGUUUUGGGUGGGAAUUUAUUUCAGUUUUUCUCGUGGAUAUCUCGGGGAUUUUACCUAUAAUUAUGAGAAAAAAGAAACGCGAGCGACAAGAAUCAGACUGAAUAAAUAGAAACUUUAUUUACCCAUGGUAUCUAUCAUCACUAAAUGCUCUACCAAGGAGCCGUGCACUACAACUACGAUUAGUGAAAUAGCACUCUAAUUAUCAUUACUUAAAGACUUCAUUUGCCUAAAAAAUUUACAUUAAAAUAUAUUGCAAAAGAUUCUAUUCAAUUUAUUAUUGAAUAAAAGUUGUUUUGACAAGUGGCCUGUUUAGCCUCAUUUAUUGGGGUUUUUCCGCUAAACCGAAAACUUUUUAAGGGCUUCAGUGUUUGGUCUUGCAAUGAACAGAUCCAGCUGUGAGCUGCAUGGCUUGACUUCAUGGGAUAAUCUCAUUAUACUGUUAGACUACAUGAUCAUUUUGCCUUUUAGAGGUCAUUGAGAACAAGGAGGCUCCAAAAUUACAGGAAGAGUUAGUGUGUGAAAUACUUUAAUCUACUUUCUAGGUAGACAAGAGGGUAAAAUGUCCAAUGGUGUGCCACUUCCAUGGACGAUACAAAUCAGCCAUUGAACAAAAAUUCCUGGAGCAAGCAGAGGAAGAAAUAACAAAGUUUUGUAAUUCUUGUGGACUCCGAGAUAACAGUGUUCUUGUCUUCCCUCCAUUGGAUGCUCACUAUCGCUUCCUUAUUCACCAGCUUGUAGGUGAAAGUUCUAGACUUCAGACAGUGUCAGUUGGGCAGGGGAGACAGAGAAGGAUUGUGAUCUACUUCACCUCUAAAAGGUAUUCUUAGUGUUCUCCUUUUCAGAUGAUGAUGAGUAAAAUUAACUGUUUAUUAGUAUACUACCUCUUAUUACCAUCUGAAAUCACUUGGAAUUCUCGAAAAUUCAACUAGUAACAGGUUUUUCUGCUUUUUUGAAAAUUUCUUCUAUCUGUUGUGUUUAAAAUAAAGGAGAACACAAUGUAUUCUAUGAAAUAAACUCAGUUGGCAAACAAGAUAUGCAAAUGAAUGUAUUUUGACUUUGAAAGCUCACCCAUGGAAGGGUAUGCCAGAGCAAAUACCAAACAAAGACAUGAGCUGUGAUGAGAUUUUAAUGGGUCAUGUCUCUUUGCAGAAUUGUUAUGUCCUCCUUGCAAUGAGUACCUAUUUUUUAAAAAAUUCGUGCCUUUUAGCUGGAGGUUGUCCCCUUAAUGUCAAACCAAAUUCUUAUAACAAAUUUAUAAGAAAUUUAUAGCAGCUUGCAUGGAGGAAAGGAUUUGUCUAUCAGAUCUUUAGAGUUAAAGGAACAUACUUUACUAAGGCAUUGCUCUAAAGUGACUCAACAAUUAUCAAAUAAACAUAAGUUUUUGUCAUUAUUUGAUCUCUCUUUAGUUUUGUAUGUAUUCUAGGACAUAUUUUUAGUAGGUUUAUAGGUGAAUCCAUUUCACUGCAAGUUUGCCCUAUAACACCUUUGUGAGUUAGCCCCAUAAUGUGAAACAAGCCCACCCCACCCUUACCACACACUUCACCCCCAAAUCUUUUGACUUGUUUCCCUACCACAGAAUGUAUAAUAAAACCCUUAAAAAGUUUCAAUCAAUAUGCAAAUUCCAAACCAUGUUAAAAUGCACAACAAUGCAUGAAUAAUGCUAAUCUGCCACAACUCCAGUCUUAAUCUAACAGGUUUAAUGCAAUUUUGUGAUUUGGUUUGCAACAGUUUCUAAGAACUGGUGAUUUCAUCCUACCUUCAAAUUUCCCCCUUGGACCAAAAACUUCAACAGCAUUGCAUGAAAACAUUUUGGCAAACACUUCUAGUUAUUGAAAGUUGUAAGUCUCCACCAACUUAGACCCUGACAAGGCAAGCCACUUGACUUAGUUUAGUUGAAAGUGAAACCUUUGUUCAUGUUAAUAUUAUUAUCUGUACAUGUUUUGUAAUUCAGAUUACAAAGAUUUACAAAUUACAAAAAUUUACAAAGGCAAUAGGGGCAAACUUACUAUGGAGCAACUUCACCAGUUACCAUAUGAAUAUUUUUGUCAUAUCAUUGCUCCUCUGGGUUUUGAGGGCAUUGUUGAUUUAUUUGAUGUUCUCUUUCUCUGGCUCAUCUUUCCAGGGUCACCACAGAACUCUGACCAUGUCAUUUAAACAAAUCUAGCAGACAUUUCAGUUGUCUCACAUUACAAAUGGAUCAUUCUCUGUAUUUUACAACACUGGAUUAUGUGAUAACAGAAACAGCUUUGCCCUCAAGGGCAUUGUGUUGCUUUAAACACAAAUCACCAACUGGUGAAUGUAUAAUUUUUAUGAAAAGCACAAUUCUAUUGUGCACUAUAAAGUAUUUUUAUUUGGUUUCUAGAGAUUCUCAUAAGAUGACUCAACCCCAGUCAAGAGCAGAAAAGACCUUCUUUGGAAGAGGCAGAGGCAGGUAAUUAGAAAUUGGUAAUAUGCUAAUUUAUUUGAUGUCCUUCUCUAAACCCAGAAUAUUUUAUGAAAUACUUGAAAUUGAUACAGCUUGUUGAUGAACAAAGAUUCUUCUGCCCGAUUGAAAAUGAACUGAGACAUGAAUUGUACAGCCUCAUUAUUUUUUGAAGUUUCCAUGACUUACAUACAUUUAUUGUUGAGGAACUAGCCAACACAACAUACUGAUAUCAUUCUUGUGCUUGACAUUAUCUCUGUAGGAGGACCAAGAGGCCAGAUCAGGCACUGUAUGUACCAGGGGCACUUGGAAAAGCAAAGAAUGACCAAAUGAAGGAGAGUGCUUCUUCAGAAAUUUCUAAGAUAAAUAGUGACAUCAAUGAUGGUGUAACCCCAUGUGCUCCAAAAGAUGACAGUCACCCCAACAAGGAAAAACAGUGCAGUCAAACAUGUGAAUCCAAAUUGAAUGAUACACUAUGUCAGGAUAUACCUCUGUGUACUGAAGAACUGGUGGAUGACAUUGCAGCAGGAAUAGAUAGUACAUCUUUGAAGGGUAAUAUGGAACAUGCACGUACAAACAUGGCAUCAGAUUUGUCUGUAAAUGAGAGAUUGCAGAAUGUUGGUAUUGGGGAUGAAUGGGAGAAAAUAGCUCUGCCCUACAGCGGUAACAAGAUAGAAUUUCCUGAGAGCUCCAGUGAAGCUUAUGACAAAGAAUCAGUUGAUUCGUUAGCAAAAGUAAUCAAUGAAAGUGAUCAAACUUUAGACACUUCCAGCCAGAGUAGGUCUUUCAGUCAGGAAAAUUGUUGUGACAAAGAUGUUGGUUUGGAAAAUGAUCUUUCCCAUGCAUUCACUACAACAGGUAAUGGAACAGUUUGCAAAGAAAGAAUUGGCAAAUGUAUUGUAGACACUAAACAUGACAGUUGCAUUGAAAUGGAAGAGAAGAUUGUAUCAGAGCAAAAUCAAGGUACUGUUUACUCAACAGAAAAUGAUUCAGACGAUUCAAACCUACAGAAAACUGAAACUCAAUCACUUAAGGAAGACUCUAUUUCUAAAGGAAAUUUUAAUGAUAUUCCCUUUGAUGAACAAAAGGCAGAGACUAAAGGUGGAGUUGAGGAAAGACGUACUGACUUAGAUUUACCAAUUGAUGACCUUGAACCUGCAAUAUCUAUUCUGAGCAGAGGUGAUAAUGCAAAUGAGGCAAGGACUGGAAUAUCUGCACUUCACAGUGAGAGUGAUAGUGUAAAUCUUGAUGAUUCUGUAAUAGAAGAAGGCUACGAUAUUUUGUUAGAUCCUGGUAGUGAUCAACAACAGGAAAAAGUAAAGAACAAAGAAUUUUUGGAUGAUCAUACUCAGCCAGAAGCAACCUUAGAGGAUGUGGAAUCCAGUUCUGUUGUUGGUGAAGGAUUAUCACAGCCUUGUGGUGCAACAAGUGAUAUGCCUGUAGCAAGAACUGGCCCACAGACAUAUCCAACAAAUGUUCAAAUUGAUCACCAAGGUCUGCCAAUUAGUAAUUAUAAUGCAGAACUAGAUGAAGAUGCUACACCAGUGGAAUUGGGUAAGAGUCAGCCAAGUAUGAGUAAGGAAGAAAGACUUGAUGAAGCAGGGAUAAAAUCAAUGGAAAUGACUUCAGCAUCAGUGUGUGAAGAUGCUGAAAAUUGUGAGAAUCAACCAUCAGGAACAUUGGAUGUUAGUCCAACCUCUUUGGUCCUUGAAAAAGAUUCAGCAUCACAGAGAUUUAAAUCAGAUGUAGGAAAUUUAAAUGAGAACGCUGAAGAGUUGCAUACUCAAACUGAAAUUACUGGUGAGGAAGCCCAUGAGGUGUACAAAAAUAAACAUGGUGUUUCAAAUUUAUCAGUGACAGAGUUGAAUGAAAAUGUUGGUGAACCUGAGAUGCAGCACGAUAAGACAUUAAAGAAGAAGAAACGAAAGAAAGAUAAGGAUGGUGAUAAAUCAAAAUCCAAGGAAAAGGGUGAAAAAACAAAAAGAAAAGAAAAGAAAAAUUCAAAAGAAAAAAGUGAUAAAGAUGAAAAUUUAGAUUCUAAACAAAAGGAGAAAAAGCAUAAAAAAUCAAAAAGCAAGGAAGAAUCCCCAAAGCAAGGGGAUACAGAAGAUUUAAACGCAUGUGGUAAGGUAAUUGAGAGAGAAACUACUACUCAAAUAAAGCUUCAAGCAGGAUCGUCUAUAGAAAAGAAGGACAAUGAUAGUGAAGAUGAUGAUGACAACUGGGAAUCAAAUUUUAGUGAGAGUGGAGAUUGUCUCAAUCCAGAGCACUCUGAAGAGGUAUGUAUUCGUGACAGAAGGUAAUUGAUUGGAAGUGGAAGAACAUUUAGCCAUUUGCAGUAGAGUAACAGAACUUUUGGUCUUCUUAAAUUAAGAGUUCAUUUAAAAGGUUUUUCCUGAAUGGUUGCUUGAUUAAGGAAGUUACAAUAUGCAUGAGCUUUUCUAGCUUGCAGCUAAGACUUGUUUGUUGUAGGAUUUAGUGUUCCAAAGUUCUAUUAAUCUUAACUACCAGUUGUUGUUAUUUAUCUUUAAUUAUGGCAUGUGUCAAAAUACAGGCCCUUAAUUUAAUAGUAUCAUUUACUAAAACUACAUCUAUUGGACCUAACAUUUCAAACUUAAUUAUGCUAUUUUCAAAAUAACUGGCAUUAAUACUAAAAUCAUUCAAAGUAAUAUCUUUCAACCUUUUUGUCAAUCUAUUAGCUAACAAGAUUGACUGGAAUAGCUAAUCCUGAGGUUCAUAAGACUCAGUUUGAUGUUUACUCCUUUACGCCAAAGGAAGUUGAACUGGAUGAUGAAGGUUUGUGCUUUUUUUAAAUUCCACUUGGAUUUAUUAUUAGAAUGAGUGUUGACACCAAUGGAUCAUGAUGUGGCUUCUUUUGUCAAACAGGGAAGGUGAAAAGUGAGCUUAUGGGCCACAAAGCCCAUCUUGCCAAGCUUAUCCCAGUUUGAGUAGCACUCCAUCCCAAGGUUGCCUCCCAAUAGUUCAUUUGGUUUUUUUUUUCAUUUUUCAAAAUUCUUUGGUGAUGAGAGGUAUGGUGACAGCUAAGUGUCUUAAGAUCACAAAACCAUGACCCAGCCAAAACCUGAACCCAGACCUUCUUGCCACGACCCAAGCAAACCAAUCACUAGUCUGCAAUUUCCAACACCAUACUCAUGGAUUGUAGCACAGUGUAAAGCUAUUAAUAACACUUGACAUUUCUUUGUGUAUUUUUUUUAUGUACGGUAGUUCUUUUAACUUUGAUCAACUGUUUCUUAGAGUUUGGGCACAUUGUGGAAAUCUACAACUUUUCCCCUGAUUUAAAGACUCAAGACUUGAUGCAAGCUCUAAGUUCUUUCAGGUAAUUUGCAUAGCUCUAUCCAAUUUAAAUAUGGCUUUAAUAGCCAAGUGAAAAUGGGUAUUGGCAAAUAUUUUCAUUAGUUUUCCCACCUUUUCAGGCUCAAACAGAAACCAUACUGGGCAUUUACAGUGGGAAAAUUUCCUUGCUAAGCACGUGGUUUUUGUUGCAUACGUAGCAAAGCAAAAGACAAGCCCCAUCAAAACCAAACUUUAUCAAUUAUAUCUCAAUUAGUAUGUGUGAUAUUGGUUAGUUUAGCAAGUCAUAUUUCACUGUAUGGCCUGCUGAAGUGAAAGGAUGAUUUUAGUUACCUAAAAUCUUCAUCCUCUAUUUGAACCCAGAGAUAUUACAAAUAUUCUUACCUUGUUCUCAUUAGUAUCUUAUGUAAGUUACAGAACCUUGUCCCUUUUUCUAUUAUUUAAUUUUUUACCAAAUUGUACAAAUGUGUAGUAACUUACCAUGCAUAUCUACCAGAAUUAAGAAUAAUAAAACAUAAUUAUGUGGUUUGAUUAAUUCUAAACAUCUCAAAUUUGUAUUGGUAUGGGUUCAGAAUAACUCCAAUUGGUUAUAAUUCAGUUUUAAGCUUUAAAGUACGAAAUAACCCUUAUUUUCAGAAGCAAAGGAUUUGACAUCAAAUGGGUGGAUGACACACACGCUCUAGCAGUGUUUUCAAGUCGGCAUACGGGUUAGAUUUAUCUACAGGGUGAUUUGGUAUUAUCAACUGAAUUGAUAACAUAAAUUGGCCACUGCAAAGAGUUUCAAAGCUUAUGUUUCAAGCAUUAGCCUUUCAUCAGCAAGGGCUGAAUGAGUGAUUGUUUUGCUCCAAUGGAGGGUUAAUGCUCAAAACAUCAGCUUUGAAACUAUGUGCAGUGGCCAAUUUACAUCAGCAACUCUGGUGAUAAUACUAAAUCAUCCUGUUAUAAUCACUCACUGACACAGCACCAGUUUCAUUAGAAACUUACCCCCUCUAUAGAUUUAUGUACACCUUCACAUUGGUAUAACUUGCUCAGUCUGUAUUUCCCAAAUGUAAUUCCCUGGCUUAUUUAUUAGAGCCCUCCUUCUAAUUGAAACUGUAUCAGUAAAACUCCCUUCUCCUCCAUGGGCAGUUCUCUUAAUACUCAGGCCUUUAACUGAGUUCAUUUGCAAGUUUGCUCUCUUUGAUGCUAUCAUCAUCAAAAUUUUACCAAUACUCCUGGGGUUGGGCUCUGUGAAGAGGUUUUGUAAGCAAAAUUUGGGAAAAUUAAAAUCUGUGGUUGCCACAUGUUAGGAAAAAGUCAGGGGAAAUAAAAUCUCUAAGAUUAGGGAAAAGUUUGGGAAUUUCACCUAAGGUUAGAUAAAGUUACUUCAGUUCUUUAAAAGAAGUCAGAGAGAAGUGAAAUUUCAAUUAAAUUUGAAGCUGUUCAUUUUUUCUUGGCCUUCUUCAUAAUGAAAGAUGGUGACACUUUUUUUUAUAUUGAUGCUACUCAAUCCAUUUAAAUUGUUUAGUGCAAUUAAUAGAAUGAAUCUUGAACACCUAAUGAAUGAUUUUAAUAUCUAUGUAUUCAUCAAAUUGUAAUUGUAGCUCAAGAUGCCAUAAAGUUGUGCUCAGGUCCACUAAUGAAACUGCGGCCUGUUUGUGAAGGAACAUCAGAGUCAAAGAAGAAAGCUAGCAGGUGUUUUGGUAAGUCACAAGAUAUUAUGCUUUCAGUAGAAAAUGAAUAUGUUCUGCUGCAAGGAAACAAGCUGUAACAUUCAGGAACAAGCUAGUUAAGGUGGGGGGGGGGGCUUGAUUUACUUCAGAGGACAAAAUCGCAAAAGUGGUUAGUAGCAAACUUGCAAUGGGGUGAAACAUCCAUAAACUGCACUUUCUCCCGUUUCUGUUCACAACAGGGAACGAACUGCUAUUUUGUCCAUAAUCUUCACACUAAAAGUACACAUUACUAACUUCUGGAGUUCAAUGACAAAUCUUUCAGACCUGCCGCAGCCAUAUAAGGAAAGACCACAGACUAGUAAGCUGCUAGCUGAUACACUGGUUACAAAAGUACUUGGAGUGAAGUCGAAAAUGACCAGAGAGGAGAGGGCCAAGGAGAGAGAAAAACUCAAGGAAGCAAAAAGUGAGUUAACGUAUAACAUAAAAUUUAAAAGAAUUUUGGUUACUGUGGGCUUUUAAGGAUAAUUGUUUUGUGCAAAGGAGAUAGGAGAACUAUAGAAAUUAGUUUUCGUUAACAUUUCAACUCUGUCUAACUCUCAGUUUUUUCCUCUCAGUGGAUCUUUUCAUGUACUGCAGAUUGCCUCUCACCAUGAUCACUUCAUAACUUGAUAUUUCUUCCAUAUUCUCCAGCAAAAAGACAAGAAGAAAAGAUGCGACAGGCUGACAUAUGGGGAGACUGA